AUGUUCUGUGACAAAAAUUCUGCCCUGGAGUCCCCGAAUGAAUCCGGGGAGCGCCUUCUUGCUGAGGAGGAGGGCGCGCUGUGGACUAGGAACGAAGCAUCCUCCACAUUGCGUUACAAUGGAUUUGCAGCCGGUCUUCUGCAAACAACCGCACUCUUACUGUUCUUUCUGAUCGGUGCGUUGUUCGGUUUUCAAUGGCGGGGAGACAUGGAUUCACUUUGUGGCGCACACACUUCCCAGUACUCAACAUUCUCUAGAGAGAUUGGGACCAAAUACAAUGUCAAAGCAUUCAACGGCUCGCUCUUGAAGGAAAACACAUUCCGACUAAACGCAGGCCCAGAGGUUGACGCGGCGUGGGAGUCAUUGGGAAUCAAUUACCGAAGUGUCCGAAUACCAUCUGAAGAUGCUGAAAGGAGUGGACUUGCUGCCGACCAGGUGAAAAUCAGCACAAAAUAUGGAGGAGGAUUUCCAGCAAACGUAGAAGGUUUGCACCAUCUCCACUGUCUGAACCUGCUUCGACAGUCCCUCUUCUACAAUUAUGACUACUAUCAUGCGAAGGGCGAAGGCUCAUUCGUCAAUGAUGACUACAUUGUUCGCCACCAUGUCUCUCACUGCCUUGAUAUAAUUCGCCAACAGCUCAUGUGUACCGUAGAUACUGGAGUUCUGGGUCAAAUAUGGAUCUAUCCUGAUAGCCCAGAGCCAUAUGUUGACUUCAACACCCGACACCGUUGCAAAAACUUCGAGGAUGUUCGUGGGUGGGCAGAGAAAAACCAACUUCCUCUAGACCCUCCGUCAGAUUUCCUCCAGCCGCCUGUGGAGGGGGAUCGAAUUUACAACGAAAUGCCAUAA